AACUCUCUCUCUCUCAAUCAUUCUCUGAACCCUCUUUACCCAAUCAUCUCUCUCCUCUCUCUCGUUACUCUCUCUCUAAAUAUAUAUUAUAUAUAUAUAUAUAUGUAUAUGUUGUGGCUGCGUACGAAGUAAAAGAAGUAAUUGAGUGAAAGAAAGACCAUUCUCGCUUCACGUCUCUCUACUUUCUUUCUCUCCUUUGAUGGUGGGAAGGUUUUCAUCGAAUCUGUUCUGGAUUGGUAUAUAAUCAUUCAACUAUCUCUUUUGGUUUUAGGGUUCGCUGAGUUUCCCUUUUUUCAGGUUUCUUAUUAUUGGCCAAUAGGUAAUGCAAUGCAACAGUCAUCGGAGGAUACCUUUCCUGGUUACUUAAAGAUUCCAUCCAAUGUUUCCAAGAAAGUUGGAAGUGGAGCAUGGGGAGUCUUGUAUGGAUCUGAUGUCUGUCAUGCCUCAAGUGAUGCUACCCUUUUUUCCACUUCAUUACCAGUUCUUCCCCAUGAAAAGUUGAAAUUAAACACCGUGGAUCAUGGUUUUCAAUCUGUUGAUGAUAGCUCACCCAGCUUAAACAAAUUUGAUCCAGAUGUGGAAAGUAAUGACCUGCUUGAAGAUGUUGAAAGUCAUGCAAUUGGAAGUUUACUUCCUGAUGAUGAGGAUGAGCUUUUAGCUGGCAUAAUAGAUGGUUUUGACAUAAGUGUGUUACCUAAUCAAUUGGAUGACUUGGAAUUGGAAGAGUAUGAUCUUUUUGGAAGUGGUGGAGGUAUGGAAUUGGAAUCUGAUCUACAAGAGGGCUUGCUUAAGGGUUUGUCGAAGAUAAGUUUAUCUGAGGGUGGUGUUGGUAAUGGGGUCGCUAAUUUUGGUUUUCCAAAUGGUGUGGGAACUGUUGCUGGAGAACAUCCAUUUGGGGAGCAUCCUUCCAGGACCUUGUUUGUCCGAAAUAUUAAUAGUAAUGUCGAGGACUCAGAGCUGAGAGCUCUCUUUGAGCAAUAUGGAGACAUCAGAACGCUAUACACUGCAUGUAAACAUAGGGGCUUUGUGAUGAUAUCUUACUACGAUAUCCGUGCUGCUCGAACUGCUAUGCGGGCAUUACAAAACAAGCCACUAAGGCGGAGGAAACUGGACAUUCACUUCUCAAUUCCUAAGGAUAACCCAUCAGAUAAGGACAUUAAUCAAGGAACUUUAGUAGUUUUUAAUUUGGAUCCUUCGGUUUCCAAUGAUGACCUUCGUCAAAUAUUUGGGGCUUAUGGCGAGGUUAAAGAGAUAAGGGAAACACCACACAAGAGGCACCAUAAAUUCAUUGAAUUUUAUGAUGUUAGAGCCGCAGAAGCAGCACUUAGGUCCUUAAAUAGGAGUGACAUAGCUGGUAAACGCAUAAAGCUUGAACCUAGUCGCCCCGGGGGAGCUCGUCGAAACCUUAUGUUGCAUCUGAACCAAGACCUUGAACAAGAUGAAUCUCGAAGUUUCAGACAUCAAUUGAGUUCAUCAAUAGCCAACUCCCCUCCAGGUAGCUGGCCUCAGUUUGGCAGCCCUAUAGAGCGUAAUCCUCUGCAAACUCUUAGCCAUUCCCCUGGUUUCAGUUCUAUGAGCCCUACAAUUGGUAAUAAUUUACCUGGGUUGGCUUCAAUUCUACAUCCUCUGGGAUCAAACUCUGCAAGGGUUGCACCUAUUGGCAAUGGAAGAGGUAGCCAGGUGGAGCCUAAAUUCACCAACUCAAAUUCAAACUACGGAGCUGCUUUUCAACAGUCUCAUUCAUUUCCAGAACCAAAGCUGAAUCAAUAUUCUGGGACCAUGUCCACUUUUGGUGGUUCCAGUUCAAAUGGAUCUGGUAUUGAAACAUUGUCUGGGCCACAAUUUCUUUGGGGAAGUCCCAGACCAUACACAGAACAAACUAAUUCUUCUGCUUGGCAACCACCAUCCAUUGGGCAUCCAUUUACAUCCAAUGGACAGAGUCAUGGCCUCCCACACACUGGUCGCCAUGAAUCUUUCAUUGGUUUAUCUCCCCACCAUCCACACCAUCACGUUGGAUCUGCCCCAUCCGGUGUUCCUUUGGAAAGGCACUUUGGCUUUUACAAGGAGUCUCCAGAAACAUCAUUAACGAGUCCACUUGGUUUUGGAAGCAUGGGUUUAGGCCACAAUGAUGCAAGUUUUUUGGCGAAUGUGGGCUCUCGUCCUGCUUUAAAUGCCGGCGCUGCUUUUGCUGGAAACAUUGGAGAAAAUGGUUCCCCUGUUUUCAGAAUGAUGUCUUCUUCGAGGCUUAGUCCUGUAUUCCUUGGUAAUGGUCAUUACCCAGGACUAGCACCCCCCCGCAUGGAAGGUUUUGAGCGGGGGUGGAGCCAACGUGUUGAGAACAAUGUGAACCAGAUAGAUAACAAAAAACAGUUCCAGCUUGAUUUGAAUAAGAUUAAAAGUGGGGAAGAUACUCGGACAACUUUAAUGAUCAAAAACAUCCCCAAUAAGUACACCUCAAAGAUGUUACUUGCAGCCAUUGAUGAAAAUCACAGGGGCACUUAUGAUUUUCUUUAUCUGCCCAUUGAUUUCAAGAACAAAUGCAACGUGGGCUAUGCAUUUAUUAAUAUGCUGUCUCCUUCGCACAUUAUUCCGUUCUAUGAGGCAUUUAAUGGAAAGAAGUGGGAGAAGUUCAAUAGUGAAAAAGUUGCUUCAUUGGCAUAUGCCAGAAUUCAAGGAAAGGCAGCCCUUGUCACCCACUUCCAGAAUUCUAGCUUGAUGAAUGAAGAUAAGCGAUGCCGUCCUAUUCUCUUCCAUUCGGAGGGCUCAGAGGCUGGUGAUCAGAUCAUCCAGGAACAUCUUCCCAUGGAUGGUUUGAACAUCCAAGUCCAUCAAUCAUAUGGGUCUUACUCAGAGGAUUCUCCUGGAAGUCCUUUACCGGGCAGUCCAGAUGAGAAGCCAGAUAAGAGCUAACAUUAGUGAAGACAGAAGCAGAUUGCCCGCAGUCCAAAACAGUGGUGGCUGUGAGUGCUGUCGCAUAUAUAUAUAUAUAUAUAUGUCUAUAAAGAUUAGGAUGUGCAUCAAAGAAAGGGGCGUGUAGAUUUUGUACUAUAUGGUUUUCUUAAGAAAGCUUUGGGGAGCUGAAGCAGGAGUAUUUUGAUUGCAAAAGCAUUGAUCAUGUGCAAUGUAUCUCUUCUCUGUGCUCUCUAGUUGGAGUCGUUUUGAUAUUUUGACUUGAAAAAUUGGGUAAAUCAAUCUGCAAAUAUGAUGUUUGUUUUGGGUAUAGAGUAUAUGGGGAAAACUGUAUCAUGGGGUUUUGAAAUUUUUUGGAUGGUGAUUUGUAUUGGGGACUAUCUACAAACUGUACAGUGUUGAACUUGGAAGACUGACCAGACUGCCUUCUGUCAAUCUAGCGCAGUAUUCUUGACCUAAAUGACAAACUAUGUAAUUCUGAGACAUGAAAUUGUAUACAGUGCUUUCCAUGGCUUCCGGUAUUUAUCCUUUGAAA